GUGCUUAGGAACACAGUUCUGAAAAUCACCAACUACGGAAGACGUCUGAUUUAUCAUCCGUUUGAUACACAUCUGGCCCACUUUUACGAACAGUGUAUUGAAGCCCACGUCGGAUAUUUUGGUUCAAUUAUUGUUUCUCUGGUCAGUCAAGAAAGCUACAACUUCUUGGAUGCACAGGCUGAGAAAAAGGCGGAUCUUGAGUAUCUUAUCCAACUCUUCGAGGACUAUUGCACUUCCAAUGAUAAAGCUGAAUUCUGUUAUAAAACAAAUAUUUCACUUAAAGGCAUAGAAAAUGCAUAUAAGAUAUUUAAACACUUGAAUCAUUCACGGGACGGUAGCAUUGAAACCGCUCUAAGAGUCUUUAGUAGAUGCUUUGAGCACAAUCUGUGCACUAGACUUUCUGAUGGAAGUUAUCAACACUAUAGAUUGAAUGAAAAGAUUUAUAUCCAUCCGACCAGUGGAUUUUUCAAGAGAAAAGAUAAGAAAGUCGUUGUUGUGGAUGUUUUUUGCACAACAAAAACAUAUGCACGAAUAGUUGGGAAAUAUUAUGAUUGA